AUGGCUGCCAAAGAAGAUAUUAUUAACGCAAAGGUUGCCCUCGACAAUAGAUUUUUAGGCUUGCUUUUCCGACAAGGUGCGGAUCGCGGUCAAGAUCGCUAUAAAGAAGUAAUACCCGAGACUGUUCCUUUUAGGCAAGAGAAUAUUAUUCCACUUCCACCGCGUUUGCGCGAAAUUGUUGAAAGUAUCCUUGAAAUAACAAAUAAACCUUGUAAAACUGUUACAAAUCUCGAUAACGCUAUUGCACACAUUGAUGUACAUCCAUUACAAGAUCAGAUCAUAAAAAGUGUAGGACUUGUUAAACCAAGAGCUGGUCGUUUUAUUGAUAAUGCUCAUUAUGUCCUAGUUAUUGCUACAGAUAAAGCGAUUUACUUGUUUGGUUUCAGCUCAACUCCUGAUGGGAUAGUUUUUCACGAUAUGUCAUCAGACAGAUAUCGAACUGACUAUAGUAAAAAAGAAAUUGGUUCUAUAACCGGUACAGAGGACGGUCGUAUUUUUCUUAUAGAUGCUGGUGAACUCUGUGAACUUGUUUAUGAGGAUGAAGGUUGGUUUUCAAAACCAUGUAGAUUAGAAAUUCAUUCACAAAGUACUGUCAGUCAACAUUUGAGAUGGAUUUGGCAAACGUCCUCGGACUUCAAAUCUAUCGCAAUUGAUGAUACGCGACAUAUGUUAUACGUUAUGUCUGCUUAUCGCAUUGAGGCAUUUUAUAUACAAAAAGAUGCUGCAUUGAAAUUAAUAGGAACAUAUUCAAUUAAUGAUGAUAAAUCGAUGAUGCUUAAAGGACAUUUGGUAUCAAUACACCCAAUAUUGAAUACUGAUUCUCCCUAUUUCUGGCUUCUCGCGGUGACAAAUACGGGACAUCGUGGAUAUUUUACCUGUUAUAUUGGCAAUAGAGGGUAUAAUUGGUGGCUAUAUUCAGAAACACCCGCAAUGUUAAAAACAAAAGAACCUAAUGGUUUAUAUAUACUUGAAGUGCAUGAUCCGCCACCUCAAAAUCAGCCACCCGUACCUCAGCAAACUAGACUUGAAUAUCAAAAAUUCCGAUAUUUUCAUGGUAUCUUCUUUGCACAACGUAGAGAGGGUGGUAUAGAAAUGUUGUCUACUACAAGUCCCAAUUAUGGUUUAAUGUUUCGUAGAUUUAUUCAACAUCAUUAUACUGCACCUCUUCCAAGUAUCUUUGAUAUUCAAGAAAUUUAUGAUCCAUUAUAUGACUCUAAAAAAUCUGAUGAAUAUUCAAAUGAGUUGAUAAAUCAGUUUAAUGCUCCACAUCGAAAAUUCAUUUUAUAUACUUUAAGUGGGAUUGUUAUUUGGACAAAACAACGACCUGUUGAUCACUUGGAAAAUAUGCUAAAAAAAAGUCAUAAUAGAGAGGCGUUAAAAUCCUUCAUUGAAAACUAUGGACCUGAACAAACUACGGCGAUGUGUUUAUUAAUUGCAAGUAAUGAAAGUCAUGCAUUUAUGCAAACUUUUGCAGAUAGGCGAGAUACGAAUAUCCCCGAGCCAAUACUUAAAAGCGUAGUCUCUAAGUUAACGAAAUUAAAAGCGUUCUGUGACAGACACCCCAUGUUUAAGUCGCCUCCACAAAUUCUCGGUGAUACUUCAACUGCACAGAGCGCAUCAUUAAGUUCUUUAUACGAUUUGCUUGUUACGCUCUCUGAUGCAAUAGGCUUCAUAUUGCUUAUGAUUGAAUAUAAUUUACCUGAAACUAUAGCAAAUAUUUCCAAGAGUUCACAACAAGCCGUCUUUCAAUCGACUUACGAACAAUUAGUUACUGUUCAACAGGUCAGAAGCAGUUGGCAUGAUCUGGUACUUGCGAUAAUUAAAAGAGAAAGCGGACCACGAGUUGAUAAUCUUAGUCGCAAUUUAGAAUUACGUUGUCCUACUUUUUGUAAUGCGGCCGAAACAAAAAUGUACCAGGGCUAUGAAGCGCUGCAGAGAGCUAAGAAGAAUGAAGACGAACAUAUGACCAAAGAAGCGUUGCGAAAUUCACUCAACAUAUUUUGUGAGUGUAUCAACAUUUUAACAUACGGAACUUUAAAUAAUCUGUGCCAAGAUUACAAGAAUUUUGGAUUUUAUGAAGGGGCAAUUGAGCUUCUAUUGAAAGCAGCACAGAGCUUUGAUCCGAUACCUGAAAAGCGUAACUCGAUUCUUGAUCUUGUCAUUGAUACUUUACGGGACGCCGGUGUUUUUGCAGAUGGAAUUCAACGUCAUACGCAAUCGUUUAGCCCGGUGCUUCAGAAAGCUCUCAAUUUAGGAACUUCGUUAAAUGAUAGAACUUUCCUUUUCGCAGUCUAUGACGAAUUUUUGGGCGCAGACUCAAUUCCACAAUUAUUUCAGCCACCUGCACCAUAUCUCGAGGAAUAUUUGAAUUCAUCUACCGAUCUUACGUCACCAAUUACAAGAAAAAAAUUGGAUUUAUACUGUGAUUUCUGUGUUACACAUCGUCAGUACCUCAAAGCUGCCAAAGUCAAAGAAUAUAUAGCUAAGAAUUCUGCAAGUGGUAUCAGCUUGCAAGAACGGUUGCAUUAUUUAAGUCAUGCUGUAGGUCAGGCUGAAAGCGCAAAGGAAUUGAGCGAAACCAGAGAUGUAAUUGAAACAUUGCAUAAAUACCGCAGUGACCUGGAACUUGCUCAAAUUCAAUUUGAAAUUUAUCGGGAGAUAGAUAACAUCCCUGAUAUCGAGUAUAAUAAUAUAGCUGCAUUAAAAGGAAAACCCGAUAAAGGAACGCUGCUUGCACGCCUCAGUCAACAACUCUUUGACGCACAAGAUCUUUUGAGAGAUUUUGUGAUCCCGUUUGGUUUGGUCGAAAGAGAACUCUCUUUAGUACAUGCAGUAGAAAUUAUACCUAGUCGCGAAGAUAUAAAUCAAAUUUGGAAAAAUAUAAUACAAAAAGCUAGGAAAAAAGCGCAAGAUUCUGGAUCGUUUCAACCAAUAGCUGAUGUGGUGAUAGAAUCUGGACGAAAAUAUUAUCCGCAUGAUCUGCGGGUAUUUCCGAUGGAUAUAAUCGUUAGUGAAAUAGCGACGUAUUUAAUCCCGAAACGUAUUGAUGAUCCUGGUUGUAUUGUGAAAAUUUUGAAGCAAGCGAAUGUCGCGUUUUGUGAUAUCUUUAAUACGUUUCAUAGCCUCUUUGCAUUUAGAAUGACACCAUUUAAUACACAAGAGGGAAUAUGUCUAUUGUUAAAAGAGUUGGUGUUUAUUUUAAACCAAUGGAUGAAAUCUGUUGAAGAACGUUAUGAUAUUGAACCAAGAAGCAUCCAUGGAAUGGUAUCACAAUACUUGACAGCAAUAGAUCAUAACUCACUUGGGCAAAGCUUUUCACACGAAUUUUUAGAAAUUCAAAGGAAACUUGAAACAUUUUCAACAAUCAUGGAGUAUUAA